AUGUUUCAAGAUCUGGUUAAAUUUAUUAUUAGUUAUCAUAAAGAUGAUAACGUGACUACUCUGAAAAUGAUCAAUACGUUGAAACGAGAAAUUCAUGACGAUUUAACGAAUGCGUUCGAAAUGGCCGAACCAUUACUCGAUAAAUAUUCGGAAUUGUAUAGUCAAAGUAGCAGUUUUUUCGAUUUUCUGACAUUGUGUUGCGAAUGGUCGCCGUGCCAUCGAAAAAAGACGGAUAUUUAUGUAAAAUGUAAUGACAAAUGGAAAGAAGAAAAAAUAGCCUUAAAAGAGGAAUACGAAAAAGAAAUAAUGAAUUUGCGAAAGAAAAUCUUGCAAUAUGAGAGUGAUUUUAAUUCUGAAUUCUUAAAUAAUGUCAAAGAGAAAUACGAUACCAACCAAAAACAAUUAACUAGUCAACAUGAACGAGAAAUAAAACAAUUGGUAGAUAAAUACAAUACCGAUAUAAAACAAUUGAAACACGAUCACGAAGAGGAGCGAAGGAAAUGGAUAAAUUCGAAAGAUGAGGAGCUAAAACAAUGGAAGGAAAAAUUUGAAAGUGGUAUAAAAUCCGAUUAUGAUUUAGAUAUCAAAAAAGUAAAAAAUGAAUGCGAAAUUGAAAAAAUGACUUUGCGAACCGAAAUCGAUCGACUCAAAAUGGAUCUUUGGAAUCAAUCUACCCAAUUGUCUACUCGUGAUAAUCAAUUACAAAUUAUGGCACAGUCACAAGGCGCGAUAUCGAAUGUAAGUGGUUUAAUGGAAAAAAAUAACGAAUUCGAAAAACAGAUUCUCGAACUACAGGAAAUUAUACAAAAAAUGAUAACGAGUCCUCAAAACCUAGAAAUUGUUUCGAUGAUUAAACAGUUAAUGCAAACAAGUGCUUAUUUUCAACAACAAAUGGUAAAUAUGCAACAGCAAAUAGAAUUACUCGUCAAGGAAAAUAAUAGUUAUCAGGAACAAAUGCAACAAUUAAAUAACGUAAAUCCGACUUUAAUGAUGAGUUCGACACAGCUACCGUUACCGUCAUCGGGAAAACCAUUUAUCGAAUACCCCGAACAUGAUAAAGAAACAAUUGAUUCCCUAAAAGAAAAAAUUGAUGAAAUGACACAAAUUUCGUCUAAUAGUACUGAAAUGUUAACAUUGUUAAAGGAAGACUUGCAGCAUGCGGAAACUGAAAAGCAAGCUUGUUUAAAUAGAAUACAACAAUUGGAAGCGGAAAUUUCAUUUUUUAAAAAAAAAGAUACCGAAUCGAUUGUAAAGGAAUUAAAAACUCAAUUACAACAGACCCGGGAUGAGCUUUUUAAAUAUAAAGACGAAGUAAUCAUUAAGACUAAAGACUUGAACACUUGUAAUGAUCAAAUAAUAGAUUUAAACACUCAAAUCGAAAUGAAAAACGCCGAGCUUGAGAAAUAUCGCGGUAAUGAGUUACUGAUUAGGAAAAAAAUAACAGAAAUAGAGCGCAAUGCAGACGAAACUCAGAGCGAGUUACAAAAGGAAAAUAACAAAUUAUCUGACGAAAUAAAUUAUUGUAAUAAAGAAUGGAGAGAAUGUAGGGAUAAACUAUCACGGAUUGAAUUGGAGAAGAAACAACUCGAACAUGUAGUAAAAAUCUUAAAUGGACGAAUAACUGGAUUAGAAACGGAUUUUAACGCGUGUUUAGAAGAAAAUCAAAAUUUUACAGAAAAACACAGCAAGCAGAUAUUAAAACUAAAUGAACAGUUUAAGACUAAAAGCGUAGAACUACAAUCGAAAGAAACUGAAUUGAACACUCAAAUAAAGACUAAAAGCGAAGAAUUGGAAGAACUCAAGCGUAGAUUAUUAAAUGCUAACAAUAGCAUUAAGGAAUAUGAAGGGAAAGUAACAGAAUGUACACAAUAUAUUAAAAAAUUAGAAUCCAAUCUUAAUGAAAAGGAAAAAAACCAUUUGCAGGAAGUAAACGAUUUGAAACAAAAACUUUAUGCGACUGGACUUCAAUUACAAUCGUUAGAAAAUACUAAUCGAGAAUUGGAAUUAGAAUUAAAAACUGUAAAAACAGAAUACGAAAUAAAAAAUAAACAAAUCGUCGAUGAGUGUAAAAAACAAUUUGACAGUUUAAAAUUAAGUAAAGACAGUCAAAUAUCUAAAUUAGAAGUCGAAAUAAAACAGUUAAAUGAUAAACUUCAAAACAGUGAAUCGUCUAAACGACAAUUAAGUGAACAAAUUGAAAAUGAAAAAAUUGAAUAUACAAUUUUAAAAAUGCAAAUGGAUAAUAAAUCGGAAGUAAAUCAAUUGAAUUUAAAAAUCCAACAGUUGGAAACUACAUUAAGAGAAAAAGAGGGUAUUUUUGAAAAUUGUGAAAUACAAACAAAAAACUAUCUUAGGCAAAUUAAUAUUCAAAAUGAAGAAAUUAAUUCUUUAAAACAACAAAUUUUUAAUAAUAUAGAGCAAAUGAAUUUACUCUCCAAGAAACACGAAGAUGAA